GUCUGUGUCAAAACAGCUGAUUGCAGAAAUUGAUGGAAACGAAAAUUCGUAUUAAUUGAAAGCUACUGAAAAGUAGGUUAAAAAAGGUCAAAUAUCAGUCGUGUCAUUGCCGAAUCUCAAUAAACAGUCGUAAUUCUUUCAUUGAAAUAUAACUGCUAAGUGUGAAUUCUUAACAUAACAGAUGUUUGUUGUAAGAAAUGUCACAAAUUGAUAGUUUCCUAGUGGUUGGCAGCUCCUAUCGAUAUUGUUAUAUACACCAGUGGGUCUUCUACUUGUGUUACUACGAUUAUUAACUGCAUUACAACUUUGGCUUAUUGCAUCGUUAUUACCUAAUUGUAAUUCUCUUCGAGCAUUCUUGCAUCAUGGGUUUAGUUUUGCUUUUGGCAUUGUGGUAAAAAUUCCUAAAGAUGAAAUUAAAGAUCAACAGUCAAGAAUCAUUAUUGCCAAUAAUGUCUCUGUUUUGGAUCACUUUGCAUUAUACAAAAUUACACAAGCAUUAACUCCCAGUGAAUGGGAAUUACCUGCUGCUCUCAGCAAUACACUAGGGUUUCAAAGAAUGAACAUGAGCAGUAAAGAAGAUCUGAUCACGGAUAUAAAACAAUUUCUCCUAACUUCAAGAGAAAAUAUUGUACUACAGCCCGAAUUUGGUACAACCAAUAGCCGAGUAGCUUUGUUGAAGUUCAAUUCAUGGCCAUUUACUAUACAACCAUCUAUUCAACCGAUUGCCAUUAAAGCAUGGAGACCAGAAUUCAUACCUAUUCGUGUUACUUCAUUGGCAUCCACUUGGUGGACUGAUGUCUUUUGGUUUAUGUUCGUUCCUUACACAGUUUUCACAUUUAAAUACCUGAAAGUUAAAAGAAAUACAGAUAGUAAAGUACUGGUACGAGAAACAGAAAAAGACAUAGCUGCCACUCUUGGUCUUAAGACAAGUUCUCAUACUGUAGCAGAUAAAGCAGAAUUUGAAAAACGUUGUAUUAUGGAAAGAACGCGAAUGAGAAGACUCAAUAGAAGAAAUUCACCAAACUCGCAAGUCAUACACAGCAUUGAGAUACAAAGAAUGGUACAACAAGUUAGUGAAGUGCUUCCAUCGGUUCCUCAUAAUGUGAUCCUCAGAGAUUUGUUGAAAACACGCAAUGUUGAACUCACUAUUGCCAAUAUUCUGGAUGGCAUAGUUACUUAUACACCAGAAUUAAGUCAAACAAGUGUUGCUCCUUCUGCAUCACGUAAUCAAGUGCAAACAAGCAUGAUCAAGGAUAAUAGUAACUUAGGAACAACUUCCUUUCAGGAAAGAAAAGCUAAAAUGAUAAGAGAAGCUAGGGAAAGGUAUAUUCAAAAACAUGGACUUAAAAAUUGCUGACAUUCUUACUACAGUUUUAUUGUGAUUAUUGUAUCUUUAUUGAAAACAAGUAUGUAAUGUUUUGCUGUAUCUAUAUUUAUUAUUACAUAAUAUGAAUAUAAUUUUAUUUCUAAAAUACAA